AUGGCCGCUGCGCGCCAGUAUCUCCCGCCGCAGUCGCAGCGCCAGCCGCAGUUCUGGCGGCCGGUAGCGGCGCGGCUGGGAGAAUCGCUCGCGUCUCGGGCGUCGUUAGCGGUGGACGCGGACGGCGCGGAUGCUGACGUGUCGAUAGCGUCGUUAGCAAGUCCUUUUGUGCAGAGUGGGCGUGAGAAGCUACCGGUGUUCAAGCAUAGAGAGGCGAUCUUAUACCUGGUGGAGACUCAUGCUGUCUCUGUUGUGGUUGGGGAGACAGGCAGUGGCAAGACCACUCAGAUACCGCAGUACCUGGUGGCAGCAGGGUGGGCGGCAGGAGGCAGAGUGGUGGCGUGUACCCAACCCAGGAGAGUGGCGGCUCAGGUGAGUGGCGGCUCAGGUGAGUGGCGGCUCAGGUGGGUGGCGGCUCAGGUGAGUGUCAUGUGGAAGUGCCAGGUUGUUGGAUACGCCUUAGAGAUUGCAUGGUCCAAGCAUGACUCAUGA